ACUGUAUUUAGUGAUAGGGUUUUGGAAAACAAAAGCGGGAUGUCGAUAGCACAAUAUCAGGACACAGUCGAAACACUAAUCGAACAUAUCAUUAGACAAUGGCUGAUGCCGAUGCAAGUAGUCGAUCAGUCGAAUAUCGAAGAAAAAUGGUUAUUCGACGCGAUCGCCAAUUUCCUAAGAAUCGUCAACUCUAAUCAUGUAAAAUGAACACGAUAAUAUUACUCUUUCGUUAUUCGUCGUUUGCUUUAUAUUGUAAAAUUUGGUUGUACAAAGAUUUUACCGGGUUGGAAUCUAGAAGCUAGAUUUAUACUGGACAACAUUCAACCUGUAAUGUUUUACGACAGUUUCACAAAUUCUAAAUCUUUAUCCGAGUUCGGAUACCAAUCGGAUCAAUAUAAUUAUAUGAGUUCGCAUAAAGGUAAUACUAGUUACAGAAUAUCUACGUAACUACUUCAAUUGUUAAAACAUAAUUUAUACCUAGGUACGUUGAUUUUGCGAAUGUUGAACUACACGUUUACCGAGGAUAUUUUUAAACAAACUCUUAGGGAAUACAUACACACCGAGUAAGUUAUAAUACUAAUAAUAUUACAAUAUAUUCGAUUUACAUAAAAUAUACCUACCCAUUUAAAGGUUUAUUAAACGUUAAAUAUUUUUAAUUGGUUAGAAUUUACAAAUAUAACGACGCGGCGAGCUUUUGGAAACUAUUAGAUGACAACGUGAGACUCAAGUCGACUAAGAUACCUAAAAACUUGGAUGUAUUUCAGAUCGUCAACUCGUGGACACGGAAUAAAAAUUAUCCACUGAUCACGAUAGAAGUUCAGGGUGACGAUAUAAUUUUGAAACAAGUGCGAUAUGAAAAAGAUAAAUCCCUGUUAAUCAUAAUACGCGCACAGCAAAAUUAAACUGCAUUAUUUUUUUUAUAUAUACACACUAUAUGUAUAUAGUUUCGGUUCAACUACAACCAAACUAUACCCACAGAUGAAUGGAUAAUACCCGUAACCCUGACUUCGGGUAUGGCAUAUAGCACGACGAUUUGGAUGAAAAACAGCAAAGAAGUCAGGGUCCCGGGAUACAAUUUAGCGUCAAAUGGUUCGUGGAUAUUGGCCAAUCAACACCAAACAGGUCAAGUAAAUAAAUCAGUCAGUUAUAUGGAUAGAAAUUUCCGAAAGAACGAUUUUUAUAAUAAUAAGAGAAAAAUGAAUACUAAAAAUCAUUCGUAAAAUACGUUACUCUAUGUUUUGAUAUGUUAAUUGAUCGGAAGCGUUAUAUUACAUUUCCCCCGAGAGAGAAUGUCUUUCUGAGGAAACCCUGUAUUAAGUAAUUUUCUCUAGAAGAUCCAACAUAUGACUUGAAAGUUGUACCAAAAAAAAUAUGAUUUUUUAAAUAAAAACGGAAGAAGAAUUUGAAGAAGAAGUAGUCUUAUUUUGUAAAAUAGUGUUCUACGCUUACAAGAUAUCAAUGAAAACGUAACUAUAGAAUUUUUUCUUUACGAGAAAAAUGGAAAUUCUAUGCAGUUGAUGACUUUGGUGCAUUGUGGUAUGAGAAGCACGAAACCAAAUUUGGUAUUUAGAAGGAAAUAUUAAAAUACUAUAUUUUGAUAUUAGUCUUUUGAGAAUUUCACAACAAAAUGAUUGUAAGGAUAUAUAUCAGAAAGCACAUUGGACUUCGGUAAUAAAACAAUUACUAAAAAUUUGCCAUACUUAAAGAUGUAAGCUAUUUAAGCGUAGCAUUAUAAAUAUGUAUGUGUAAGAUAAAUGUUUUUUAUCGAAAUUCAUUAGGUAACUUCAGCACUACUGCAGCCAUAAGAUUAAUAUUAGGGGACUAUUUAAGGUUACACUUCCAAAUGCGAAAAUAAUCUUAUUAGGAAUAAAUGUUUAAUAUAAGUUUUUGUAUUUUCUAAAAAUUUGGAUUUUCAUAUAUCAUAAUAAAAUACUCUUCUUUUCGGAAUUUUGAUUCCUGGUUAAGAUUUCUCAAUCCCAGUUCAAUUUUAUCGAUCUCAGAAUUUUAAUAAAUCGUUCUAUUUUAUAAAUAUGUAUAAUACUACAAUGAUUACAUUAUAAUAUUUACAAGAAUUUAAAAUAAUUGAUUAUACGUUUUUCAUUUUUUUCUUAUUCCAGGUUACUAUAGAGUUAUAUACCGUGACAACUUAUUAGGUAGGAUAUUGCACGAGUUCAAAACGGGCAAUUCAUUCGAUCCGUACACCGUAGGACACGUGGUUGGAGAUAUUUUCGAAGGAGCGUUAACUGGCAUAAUAAAAUUCAGUGAUGGGCUGGAAUUUUUCACAGAAUUUAUUGAAAACGUUGGUCCAUAUUAUGGACACUGGAAUCCUAUUAUAAACGCAUUCAAUAAAAUAGAGAUGGUAUUAAAAGACACUGGAGAACACGACUCGUAUUUGGUAUUUAAUAUUCCCCAUUAAAAUAAUGCAUAUUAAGUAUCAGGUAGAAAAAGUUCGUGUUUGUAUGGCCAGACGCAACGAAGAAGAACGUCUCACAUUUUCUAUAACUUUUGAUUUAUUUUUUUUUAGAUGAGUAGGUAUGUAGAUUUUUCAUAGGCGAUGCUGUAUAAAAAUGCGAACUUUUUCGUAGCAGCAAAUGACAUAUAGUAUAGGUAUUCAGUGUGUUUCAUUGAAAUAAUAACAGGAAUUAUUCAAUUUCUGUUCAUUGAUCUCAGAUUAAAAUGGAAUUUUUUGAAAAUCCUUAUCAUUUGGAGUGCUGUGAUUCAUAGCGUGACUACAGAUUAAACAUAAUAGAUGAUAAAUCAUACAAAUUUUAAAAUUAUAGCAAACAAUUCAAAAAAAAAAAAUAAGGAAAUUUUAAGACUACAUCUAGUCAAAUUUCUCAAAUUAAAAAAAAUUUUUAAAAAUCUAUUCUCAAUAAUUUUAGUAAAUUAUUAGUUAAAUUUGUACUUUAAGUUUCCUCCCUAAAAAAAAACCACGUUACUUCCAAUGUCCAAUCAUCGUGGAAUAUUGUACAUUGUACAUAGGAUUUACCAAUGUAUGAAUAAUAUUUUUUUUAAAUAAAAAUCAAACCUACGUAUUAUUAUACUUAUAUUUCUCAACUUAAAUAAAAUACCUACUAAAUUAUAUUUUAAAUUUUCUUUUGAAAUCCCAAAUACCGAAAUAUAAUUUUUUAACAUAUAUUAUUCAAAAUAAUAACUUCAAUAUUAAUAAUAUAAUCAUAACUCGCCCCAAUUUAAUUUUAGCUAUUUAAAAUUUAUUAUAAUAAUAAAUAAUUUCAUUAUGAAUAACAACAUAUCAUAUAUAUUUAAUUGUGUAUCAAGAAUAUUCCAUAAAAACCAAAAUAUUAUUCAUAUUCUUUUAUAAUAACUGUCAUUCUGUUAAAUACAAAUAUUUUACCAUUUUAAAGACUUACAUAUCAAUAGUAGCUGAAAUAGCGUACAAUGUAUUCAAUAAAGCAAAAGUAAAUAACGCCGACCUGAUAUUCGGCAUGAUAGAAAUGUUGUGUUUUGCGGGUCGAGCGGAACUAGACGAAUAUGUGUUAAAGGUUAAAGAGGAUUAUGAAACGUGGAAGAAUGGAACAAACACGAAUCCGUAAGUCGAUGUAUACCCAUUCAAAUUUGGUAUUUUGCACGAAUAAUAAAUUUGACUUUAUUCGAUUCUCAAUUUAGUUUCAGGCCUAAUUAUCGUAGAGCCGCAUACUGUACAAUACUGCAAUACGCUACUGUAGAAGAUCAUAGAUUUUUCAUAAAACAAUAUCUACAUUCCAAAUGGACGCCAGAGAGAAAAAUCCUAGCCAAAAGUUUUUCUUGUUCACGAAACACGCAGUUUUUAUCUUGGUAAACAUUCCAAUAGACGUAUAUACCAUGUUUAAACUAAUAGAUAAAUGUAUAAUAUCAAUUUUAUCAUAAUAUCUUCGACAGGAUAUUGACGUUUGAUGGAUUACAUUCCGAGGACCUAUCCGACGUUUGGGUUUCGAUACUAGAUAACCCAACAUCUGGCCCGUUCGUGUUUUACUUUUUUCAGAACAAUUGGGAAAAAUUAUACGAAAAGUAAGUUUUAAAUAAUAAUUUUUUAUAAGUACUUAAUUUCCAAUAUAAAGGUAUGUUAAAAUAUAGUUAUGCAGAUGUCAAUAUUAACCUGCUGAGUACAAUGUUGCACGCGGCGAUUCGUGGUUUAAACACUGACAUCGAUCUUGAAAUGCUACAGAUGUUUACCGAAAAACAUUUUAGCGACAUCAGUGGAAAAAAAAAACACCCAGCACUGCUGGAGGUUUUGUACUUGGAGGAAGAGAUACUAAAACAAAAGAUCUGGUGGCGGAAAAAAUAUGAAGUGGUGAUCGGCAAUUGGCUAUGGCAUGCAAUCAUGAACUAUUCCAAAUCCAUUCAUAGAAAACCAAUCAUAAAUGUCAACAUAUCUGAAACCGACCGUAAUGACAGCGUUACGAAUACAAGCACGNAUGGUGGAUAUGAAAUUGGACCAGUGGCGGUGGUAGAAAACACUAAUCCAGCAAGAAGUACCAAGCCUACGGAAGUGGUGAAUUCAAAUAACAACUUAAACAAAACUGGCUUCAAAUCUUUGACGGAAUCGAAUCCAAAUCUGACGGAAACCAACGAAAAUGAAACUGCAUAGUAGAUCUACCGUUACCGAUUUUAGAAACUGCUCUAAUGAAAAAUUAAAACAGAGAAAAAUAAUAAAAACAGGACGAAAAACACGAAUAUCAAAAGGUGUACAAAAAAAAAAAAAAAAAAAAUGAUCUUUUGUUAACACUAUUCUAAUAUUAAUCUUUAACGGAAAAAUACAUGUAGUUCUAUAGGCUAUACUGAAAUUACCGAUCCCUAUUAAAUAAUUUAGGUAAACUAAUUUAAUUAUAGUUUUUGACAUUUAUAAUAAUUUGAAUGGGAAGAUU